AUGCCGAUCCUGGGAGUCGUCCUGUUCGUCUUCGGCACGUUUUUCAUCUCGCAGAGCAUCUUCGUCUACGUGCCAGUCUCGUCCCCGCGCUACGCGGCGUCCCUGUUCAUGGCUAACGACCUGUCCCAGUCCUCCUUUGCUGCCGGCAGCAUCCUCUUUGCACGGGGCGUUACCAUCCUGGCCUCCAUCAGCGUCCUGGGCGGAUUCGGCAUGUUUGCCCUGCACUACUACGGCGCGAAGCUGCGUGCUCGGUCGAGCUUUGCGCAAGCCUAA